CUCGGCAGGCUCAGGCAGUUGGCGUUGAUCCGCUGACGCGCACGGCCGUUUGGGCCGAGCGCUGUGCAUGGGCGUACCGUGGCGCCGACUGACGUCGCUGCCGGCGUGCGAACGAAAGCGCGCGCGCGAGUGUGUUUCUGUGUUGUGUCCCUCCUGCCUGCGUUGGAUUACAGUGCCAGUGCCUGUGUUUGUGUGUGUGGUGUCAGUGUGAUGUAGUGAUGUGAUGGAGUCCAUGGAGAGGAUGGCCGUCGGCACAAGCUCCUCGCCGUCACCGUCCCGGGGGGUGACACCGCCGGACCUCGACCUGCUGCUGCGCUACGCGGACGCCCUGGCCAAGCUGGGCCGCGUCGGCGAGAGCCUGCACGCCUUCGACCGCGCCACCCGCCUGGCCGCGGGGCUGGCCGCGGGCAUCGCCGCGCCCGGCGCCCACCCGCACGCCCCCCGGCCCGCGCUGGCCGCCGACCGCCUGAGGACGCUCGCCGGCGCGCUCCUGGAGCAGGUGGGGGUGGCGGGCGCCCCCGCCGGCGAAGGCCACGACUACAGGUCGACCACUAGGGACAGCUUGACGUGCCCCGCGUGCGACUGCGUGCUCCAGUGCCCCGUCACCUUGCCGUGCGGGCACACCGGCUGCCGGCGCUGUCUGACCGGGCGCGACGGCAGGCUGUCCUGCCCGAAGUGCCCUUACAGGACGGCGCCAGGGGUGCAGGUGGUGACGAACGUUCUGGUGCAGCGGCUGGUGGAGCGCUGGUGGGGGAAGGAGCUGCGGGCAGCCCUGCUCCGGGACCAAGGCAACGCGCUCUUUCACGACGGCAAGGUGCAGGACGCCCUGCGCAAGUACGACGAGGCGGUGCAUCUCG